AUGAAUUCAUCACUGCCACCUUCUGCGUCGCCACAGAAGCUUGGCCCAAGCUUUGAGAACAGCACCACAGAGAAACAGAGGCAAGAACUCCAGCUUUUAAAGGCAGAACUGAAAGAUCGUGAUGAGGAACUCAAUGACAUGGUCGCAGCGCACCAGCGACAGCGUCUGGCCUGGGAAGGCGAUCGGCAAAAAGUACUGACUUUAGCCGAACAAUGCAAUUCACUAAACAAUGAGCUGAACAAGAGAAAUGAAAUUAUAAAAUCACUGACACAACAUAAAUUCAAAAAGCUGUCUCAAAAAGUAACAGAAGCAACUGUUCGCUGUCAGGCUCUGGAGGAGAAAAACCAAAGUCUCCAGUGCUCAGUUUUGGAACUGUCAGCUAAAACAGGCCAGCUGCAAGCAAGGGAACAGGAGCUUCUUAUUGUGCUUAAGUGGAAGGAUGAGAUUAUACUUGAAACGACCGAUUACAUUACUGAGUCUACAUCUAAAUUCAAAAAGCUGGACAGUGCAUUGCGUGCAGCAAAGACGGCGGAAUUCAAUCUCAACAAAGAAAAGCAAGACCUCCAACUGAGACUGAAAGAACUAGUGCUUGAAACAAAUGAGCUGAAAGAUGACCUUUGUGCAAAGGUGGAAGAAAAUAACAAGCAGCAGGAAGAAAUCAUGCACCUCAAAGAAGAAAACAGCUACUUGAGGAAUGAGCUUGCGCUUGCCGUUGAGAAUGCAAAGAGAAAAGAUCAGCUUCUACAGUUCGCCAAGUCUAAGCAAGCACAGACUGACACAGAGCUGUCAAAUCUGCGACAGCAGAUCUACGUGAAACAGCAACGUGACUUGGAGUUUUUUCGCGUCAAUUUGGAGAGCUCUCAGCAAUUAAGGCAAAUGCAUGAAAAGGCGGCUCAUGAAAGGAGCAUAGCUGUGGCAUUCUCUGCCCCUGAAAGUAACAGCAAGACAGACGUGAUUAGCACUGAGGGCACCCACGGGAUGUGCGAGGACUGGGGAACUGCACAGGUUCCAAGAAAAAGCAAAGAGGUUCCUGCUGCAGUUCAUGAGUCUGAAUCUGAUUCAGAUUCUGCGUGGUGGAAGCCAAUAUCAGAUCUGGAGUGGCUGAAGAUUUUCAAACGCAUACGAGGACAUUAAAGUGUAUGGCAUGGAAAAGAUUGCAGCCGUCUCAAGACUGCACAAGAGAUGAAAUGUGCCAGCUCAACAAGUGAAGAAAUUGUGGAUCUGCAUUCUUUUCACUUGGAUUCUCCCUGUUUGAUGGCUGCCCAGAAAGGAAACAGGCCUCAAAGAUGUGAGAAAUUCUUUAAUGAAGACUUCCCCGUGGAGAUCAAUAACCUCUUAGUGGCUAAGCCAACAAACAGAUCCUGCAGUGCUACCACGGACCAAGACACCAGUUCCCCCAUAAGCAAGCUGCAGCAGGCGUUGGCCGAGGCUCGACAGGUGGUUGCUGAUGUGGAGCUUAGCACUGUCCUCCGUGCGAGCCCUUGCCGCCGUCCAAACAGCAGCAGCGUUAAUACAGCAACAGAACUUGCAGGAGCCCUUCACAGCACCCAGUUACCUGCUGCAGAAGAACGAGAUGCUAAGCUUCCAUUCUUGUUUUUUAUUUCCCUAUUU